AUGUAUUAUCGACAUGCAAAUUCAUCAUAUCAUUUCAAUGAUGUACCAACAUCUAGUCUUUUAAAAAAUUAUAAUGAUUCUCUAUGGAAUAAUUCUAAUGAACUGAAUUUAAUUCAAAUGAAGAAAUCAUCUCUAAUGUCGACAGCAUACAAUCAAAACUCUUUUCUUCAAGUUUUACCCUGUAUACGUCGUCUAUAUACUAUAUUUGAUUCCGUAUGUCCAAACAUAUAUCGUAUACAUUGUUCGGAUUCAUUAAGAAUUUUAAAUGAAAUUAUUUGUCUUACUGAUGAAUAUCUUCAUGUAACUCCAUCAACAAGACUAAUGACAAAUGAAUUACUUAUUAAUGAAUAUUAUUUUGAUGAUUUUAUUUCCAAAUUACGACGUCCAUCAUUAAUUCGUAAAAGCUAUUAUUCAUCAAUAAGACCUGAAUUAUAUUGUUUUGGUGAAGGUAUUCAUAGAAAUAAUUUUAAUAAUCAACUUAAUCAAACAAUAUUAUUUUGUUUUGAAUUAACAACAACAACAACAACAACAAUAAAUAAUUUAUUAUCGUCUAUUGAUGUGUGUAUUUUAGAUCCAAAUGAAAAAUUAGUAUCAACUAAUGUUAAAUAUAUAAAUACAUAUAAUCAAGGUUAUACAAAACUUUUUUCAUGUAGUUAUAAACCAAUAACUGAAGCAGGAACGUAUAAUAUAUCAUUUUAUGUUAAUAAUAUAAAAAUACCAUAUUCACAAUAUACAGUUUUUAUAUAUAAUUCAACUUUAAGUAAUAAUUCAUAUAAAAAAGACGAACAAUUAUUAGUCUUUGAAGACGUAAUUAAAAAGCCUCAACCAGGUAAUUAG